ACAGCCUGGCAGCCUCAGCACUGCUGCAAAGUGGGGAUCUGAGCUUUGAUACACACAGAAGAAAGGAGAGUUUGAGUGUGGCUUUAGGAGACAUGGCUUUGCUCUGGACUCUUUCAUACAGAAAGAAGAUGUGUUUGCUGGCUCUGAGGGAAAAGAAAAAUUGUUAAAGCAGUGUGGAUAUGACUUGAAUUUUUCAUCAGGCUCUCAACACCAUUACUAGGGGAGAAGAAUUAUUUCCUUCCAGCUAGUUUUCCAGUAAUUUCACAAAGGAAUUAAGGUUGGAAGAUGCUUCAGGAUGGAUAAAGCUGUUCAGCACCCCAGCGAGAUCCUGAACCAAACUAUCUCUAACAUUAGCCUCUCUCAGUUCUUGAACUUUGAUACAUGCCACCUUUCCUCCCUUGCAGAAUUCUUGCUGAUUACAGCUUACACGCUGGUUACACUGGUGGGGCUCGUUGGAAAUCUUUGCUUAAUUAUUAUAAUAAAGAGACGGAAAGAAGCUCAAAAUGUCACCAACAUUUUGAUUGCCAACCUCUCUUUAUCAGAUGUCCUGAUCUGUAUCAUGUGCAUUCCUGUCACAGUGGCAUACACCUUAAUGGACCACUGGAUAUUUGGGGAGGCAAUGUGUAAAAUUGGCUCUUUCAUACAAAGCCUGUCUGUCUCAGUCUCCAUUUUCUCACUUGUACUCAUUGCUAUUGAGAGAUAUCAGUUAAUUGUGAACCCCCGUGGCUGGAAGCCCAAUAUUUCACAUGCUUAUUGGGGAAUUCUUUUCAUCUGGGGGCUUUCCCUCAUCAUAUCCACUCCUUUUUUAGUAUUCCACCAAAUAACAGAUGAGCCCUUCAAACAUUUGUCCUUCCACAGUGAUUUCUACAAGAACAAGGUGGCUUGCAUCGAGGCAUGGCCAUCUCUUACAGAGAGGCUGAUUUUCACCACCAGCCUGCUGGUUUUCCAGUACUGCUUCCCACUGGGCUUUAUUUUUAUCUGCUAUCUCAGGAUAUUUGUGUGUCUUCGAAGGAGAAGGGGUAAAAUAGACAGGAUGAGAGAGAAUGAGAACAGGCUGAGUGAAAACAAAAGGAUCAAUAUGAUGUUGGUGUCAAUCGUGGUGACCUUUGCAGCUUGCUGGCUGCCUCUCAAUAUAUUCAAUGUGGUUUUUGACUGGAAUUACGAGGCACUAAUGAGCUGUAAUCACAACCUGGCAUUUACAAUCUGCCACCUUGUGGCCAUGAUCUCGACAUGUAUCAAUCCCAUCUUUUAUGGAUUUCUGAACAGGAACUUCCAGAAGGAUUUGGUAGUGCUAGCUCACCACUGCAGGUGCUCAGCAUCACAAGAGGAAUAUGAAAAUAUUGCCCUUUCAAACCUGCAAACAGAUGCAUCUAAGGGGUCUCUGAAGUUAAAUAAUCCCCAUGUGGAUAUAUAAAACAAUCUAAUUGCAGCUUCCAAAAUUCUGUAUUUUGCUGCAGAUGGCCUCUUUCUGCAGGUCUUGGUCAUGUCACCACCAGGUUUAGAGGAGGUCUUUGCCAUUUGGUUCAGCAAAACCAGGAUUAUGCUCCCAUAGGCACAGUCUUAACAGGUACUUUAUGAUAGUAUUAAUGCUGGUAAAACCACUUCCAACAGCCCUAAAGAUCAAUCAUAAUAAAUUACAAACAGUAUUAACAUCUUACUUUUUUUAAUCCAGUUUUGAAGUCACUGGCAUGCUACCUUAACUCCAGUAAAAAUGUUUCCCUUUCAGCCACUGAUGGGGUUGUCCUUCCUAAACACCUGUCUUCCCCCAGGUAAACCCUGAACACUCUGCUAUUCCUAAUUUCAGCAUCCUUUCACACACUGUUUUCUGGCAUUUUUAUUUUCCAGCCCUACACCAAUCUGCAGAUUAGAGGCAGUUCACACUGUAAGGAAGGCCCUGGAAGUUACCCUAAGACUCCACCACCUUCCUUUCAGCCCCCUCAUGCAGUUUGCUUUGGCUCAGUACCAGUUCAGCCCAGAAAUUGUAUUUUAACAAGGGAAAAGCUAAGAGCUGGAUUUUUUUUUAUGAACACUAAAACAGAACCCAUUUGAUGUACUAGAUGUUUCACUCAGAAUGAUGUUGUUCAAGAUGAAAUAUAUAUUUAGCAUUUCUCCUAAAA